AUGCAUUUUAAAGGUUUUGAUAGUGACCCCACCUUAAUCAUUCUUACAAUUUCUACAAGUUGUUUCCCAGAAGUAAAUCUUGAGGUAGCGAGCAGUAUAAAUGAUAAUGGAACUUUUGCAAAUUUGCUUAAAGAAGAAUUGAAUAGUACUAAUUUACCAGACAUGAAUUAUCAGUGUAUUAGUUCUCCUACCUGGCAUGUAAUAUCUAAAGGUAUUAAUGAAGGUUUGGCUGUGUUUACCAUUAAAAAUUUAUCAUGUUCGAUUUAUAUGUUCAGAUAA